AUGGCGACCAGCACACUCCAGCAUCACCAGCCCAUACAGGCCGACGACAUGCCUUCUCCAGUCUUGCCGUCUCCGCCGCACGGGGCUGACCACCAGCCACACGACGACUAUGUUGCCUCAUCACUCCAAGACGCAACCCCAGACGAAAUCCCAGACACAAAGUCCGGCGUGCGCGUGGAUCCCGCCGCCGCCAUGGCAAGCGCGCGCUUCAGAAAAGGCGAUGUUGUCCAGAAGCCAGUCUUGGCCAACGGCAUGCGCACAAAGGGUGUCUUUACAGUCUACAAUCGCCGCAUCAGCUCGGCGGGCUAUGUCGAAUACCAGCUCAAGAGUGUCUACAACUUGCAGGUGGAAAGCGGCUGGACACGUGAAAAGGAACUGAAGCCGGGAAGCUGA